GCGCUGCAGGAGUAGGGGCGGAGUGUGAUACGUUGGCAGCUGCUGGUCAGAGACCGAUGAGCCGGGAGAGAGGGAGCCCGACCUGCUGGGGAGAAACGGGGAUUCGUGGGGCUAAGAGCAGCAGAGGGGUGCCGAGCUCCCAGUCAUGGACUUCCCAGUGAAUACAAGAAGGAUGGCUGGACGGAGGGGCUUCUUCUCCCAGUAUACCCAUCACCAUCUGGCUGCCUUUUUAUUGACCUUCUUCAGCUAUUCUCUUCUCCACGCCUCCCGCAAGUCCUUCAGCAACGUCAAGGUCAGCGUCUCCAGCCAGUGGACACCCUCCGAUUUAAACUCCUCCGCGUACAUUGUGCUCCCCAACGAGACAUGGAAUGGGAAUACUCUCUUCCCGGAUACCAAAUCCGCCACCCUCUUUCUUGGGCUGCUGGACACAAUCUUCCUUUUUGCUUAUGCUGUGGGCCUUUUUAUCAGUGGCAUCAUUGGGGACCGUCUCAACAUGCGAUUGGUCCUUACCUUUGGAAUGUGUUCCUCGGCAAUCACGAUGUUCGUGUUCGGGACGCUCACCGAGUGGCUGCAGUUUUACAAUAAGAUCUUCUACUGCCUGGUGUGGAUAGUCAAUGGGCUUCUGCAAUCUACCGGCUGGCCCUGCGUCGUGGCCAUCAUGGGCAACUGGUUCGGAAAGUCCGGGAGAGGAUUUGUUUUUGGCCUGUGGAGCGCCUGUGCCUCUGUGGGAAAUAUCCUGGGUGCCUUCCUUGCUUCUUCGGUGCUAAAAUAUGGCUACGAGUAUGCCUUCCUGGUGACUGCAUCGGUGCAAUUUGCUGGAGGAAUAAUCAUCUUCUUUGGGCUUGUCACGUCCCCUAAAGAGUUAGGCCUCCCUGAUACUGGAGAAGGAGAGAUGGACAGAGCAGCCCAAGAGGAAGGGGCAAACAAACCACUCAUUGGUGGAAAUGACGAAGGAGAUGACGAAUCAAAUUAUUCCAUUCAGAGCGAUGAUGUUGUCAUCACACCCAAAGCCAUUGGUUUCAUGCAGGCCUGCUGUCUGCCUGGGGUUCUGCUGUACUCGUUGGCUUACGCCUGCCUCAAGCUGGUCAAUUACUCCUUUUUCUUCUGGCUGCCCUACUACCUGAGCAACAAUUUUAAGUGGAAAGAAGCGGAGGCCGACCAGCUCUCCAUCUGGUACGACAUUGGAGGGAUCGUAGGUGGGACAGUCCAAGGGUUAAUCUCAGAUUUAAUGAAGAUGAGAUCCCCGGUACUAACUGUCAGCCUGGUGUUGGCAGUGGGCGCCCUGUUUGGAUACAGCCAUUCCCCAAAUGAUAAGGUCAUGAAUGCCUUUAUCAUGUCAAUCACAGGGUUCUUCAUCGGAGGGCCCUCCAACAUGAUCAGCUCUGCUAUCUCUGCCGACCUGGGCCGCCAGGAGAUGGUGAGGGGCAGCAGCGAGGCGCUGGCCACCGUCACGGGGAUCGUGGAUGGCACCGGAAGCAUUGGCGCAGCAAUGGGCCAGUUCCUGGUGCCUUUAAUCCAGAAUUCCCUUAACUGGAUGUGGGUUUUCUAUUUCUUCAUAUUCAUGAUCUGCAUGACCACCGUUUUCAUGGUUCCCCUCAUCGUACGGGAAACACGGGACUGGCUAAGGCAGAGACGCUCCUCGCGGCUGGAGAGGUGACUCGCCGGGACAUUUAAACUGACCAAUCGAACCGGAACUGACGGCAAGAGGGCGAGUUACCCGUGGGGAGAGGACUAGUUUGCCGUUGAGUUCUCAGACUUUCUCGCUGAUGAUGGGACCCUAAAGACUGACGGACAACCCUUUAGAAAAGGAUCCAGUUUCUCUUCGUUUUACACAACCGUCCACUUUGCAGUACGGAGGCGCUUUAAAUGGACACCGCGUCUGGACACCAUGUGCAGAGGCACCGGCAGAGAUUUGCAGUUCUGCAAACGCAUUUACCUGUGUAGUGGAAGGAGACGGUGGAUUUUAACCCUUCCGAUAUUCCUGUGGCUGUCCAGCUCUUUCUGCAGGGAAAUGGACUCAGAACGUGGCCCUUUAAAUACUAUGGAGUUGCCAUGGGUUAGCCCUAGCCUUUAAGAGGAGGCACUUUCUAAUCUUCCCAUGGGCUCAAUCCACGGGGGGUUAUUUUACACUUGGUUUGUUCCAUUGGCCACGUUCUCUGUGCCUUCCGUUAAAAGCCCCUCUCCCAGGCGGCCAUAGACGUUACAAUUACAAUCUUUCCAGGAAAGAUGGUUUGUUUAAAUACACACGUGUAGCGCUGAAUCGUCGGAUAUACGGUGAGAAACAACAGAAUUCUACUUGUAUCUGACGAUUCAGCACUAAAAAUGGCCGAUGUUCAGGCGCUUUCAAGGCGCCCAAUCAAAAUUUUCCGUCCAGUCCGAUUGACGAGCCGACCGAUAUCUUCUUCCGAUAUCAAUCGUCUCGUCUCCUGCAAUACACACACCGACGAUCGUCCGAAAAUUAGUUUUGUGCGAUAUUGUCGGUGCGUCUUUGGCCUCCUUUAACUGGAUGUGGCACAGUCAAGGGCCGAUGGUGUCCUGUAGGUCCACAACCUGGUGGAAAUUGUAGGGUUAAAAACAAAACACCAGUUACGCCACCGACAAGCGAAGGAAUUCCAGUUUCACCCCCUCUUUUAUAUGGGAUGCUCCCUGUCUCGUCACAUUAGUAGUAGAAAUACUGGGGUGUAAAGGGUUUAUUGUUGUUGUUGGGGUGCUGUAUUCUGUUUGCACAAGGGAAUUUAUGUAGACAGACUUCUCAAACGGUAUUGUUAGUUUGUUAUAAGUUACCUUGCUGGGAACCAGGGAUUUUUAACUGACCUUUUUGUGUUUUAAAGGGUAAGUAAAGCAAUGAAGUACCUCUAGGGUUAGUGCCACCCACUGUUUCCCCCCACCCAAACUGCUUUCAAAAAUUACCUCCAAGUUGAUUAUUAUAUAUAUAUAAUUUUCCACUGCUAAAGGGGUUUAUAGACAGUGGGGAAUGAUGGGGUCAUCACUAAACAAGGGCCAAAUUGAACUUGAAGUAGGCACUUGCCAGGGAUUCUUCAUUGCUAGACUUUUCCCUUAAUAAUAUGAUUGUAUGUGUUUUUUUUAAUUCACUGUUUUAUAAUGUGCUUAUUAUAUCUGGUCUGAAAAUUACAACUGCAAUGGACAUUCA